AUGGCACCAAAAAAUUCAAAAGUUGAAAAUGAAGUUGAAAACGAAGAAGAAGAAAAUGAAGAAGGAUAUGAAGAAGAGGAAGAGGAAGAAUAUGAUGAAGGUGAAACUCUAGAACAUCUAUAUUAUAAGAAUGAUCGAGACUUGUGUGAUAAGAUGCCAACUAUCAAAGCCAAAGGUAUAUUGAUGGGAACUCUGUCGUAUCCUGCUACCAACGAUGAAGUAAAGAUAUUGAUUAAAGCCGCUGUUAGAGCACCGCACGGAAAGGGAACGAAAACGGUGGUCGACGAAAACGUCAGAAAGGUAUGGCAGUUGGAUGUCUCUAAAUUCGAGGUCGGCCGUAUCAAACCGAUUCUCGAUACGAUCUUGCCGAGGAUCGCACAAGAGUUGGGUAUGAUCGGUGAUAAAAUCAAAGCCAAUCUCUAUAAGCUGUUGAUCUACGAUAAGGGAUCGUUCUUUCUGCCGCACAAAGAUUCAGAGAAGGAAGACAAGAUGUUUGGCACUCUGAUCGCGCUGCCAUGCCAACAUCGUGGUGGUGACCUAGUUAUCUCACACUCGGACCAAACCGAUACGGUCAAUCUCGAAAACUCUGAUCCCUCCACCAUUAGAUACUGCGCAUUCUACGCGGAUUGUACACACGAAGUGAAGCAGGUAACAUCUGGCAAUCGAAUAUGUUUGGUUUACAAUCUUUUGAAAUCAAACAAGAGAACAGCGGCAGCUACUGAAUCUACAGAUAUCGAGCAUAGAUAUACAAUGAAAACAAUGUCCCUCGCCAAACUCAAGGGCAAAGACAAAGCGAUUGCCGCGCUGUUCGCAUCGAUUUCCGGCAAGGUCGAUGCAACACCGUGCCUUGGAAUGGUCGAUAUCAAAGAGACCUGUAGUGAAUGGUACAUGCCAAGGGCACAAUUUAUUGGCGCACCCGAUGCAGAGAUGAAUGACGAUUAUGAACCGGAAUUCACUUGUGUUAUAGAUUAUAUCACCAGUUUCGAUGGCGACAGCAAAGAGUCAUUCGAAGUGCCAGAUAAAUCGGUAAUUCCAUACCUCUCACUAAACGGUACGAAACCAAACAGAAUUACAAAUGUCACUUGUAAUAAAUAUACAAGACUCUACUCACGUGCUGCAAUUAUCUUAAUUAGUGACAGUGAGAGCGACAGUAGCGAUGAUAGCAACGAUAGCAACGACAGCGACAGCACUAGUAGCAGCAGUCAAACUACGACAAUAACAACAACCACAACAACAACAACAACAACUUCUCCAAUCAAAGAAAAAGAAACAAAACCAGGUAAAACAAAAAGUUAA